AGGAGCAGACGUCAGGUGUCAGCUGACUGCCCUGCCGCCGCCAAGACUCUACCGGGCUGGGCCGCUGUCACUGUUGUUGCUGCCGCCACCGCCACCGCCACCGCCAUGGCUCAAUACAAGGGCGCCGCGAGCGAGGCCGGCCGCGCCAUGCACCUGAUGAAGAAACGGGAAAAGCAGCGCGAGCAGAUGGAGCAAAUGAAGCAGCGGAUCGCAGAGGAGAACAUCAUGAAAUCCAACAUCGACAAGAAGUUCUCGGCACACUAUGACGCCGUGGAGGCGGAGCUCAAGUCCAGCACCGUGGGGCUUGUGACACUGAAUGACAUGAAGGCCAAGCAGGAGGCGCUGGUGAAGGAGCGGGAGAAGCAGCUGGCUAAGAAAGAACAGUCAAAGGAGCUGCAGCUGAAGCUGGAGAAGCUGCGAGAGAAGGAGCGCAAGAAGGAGGCCAAGCGGAAGAUCUCAAGCCUGUCCUUCACUCUGGAGGAGGAAGAGGAGGGAGGAGAAGAGGAGGAAGUCGCCAUAGAUGAGGAAGAGCUGGAAAGGGCAGAGGUCACCACAAAGAAAAGGAAGUUAGGGAAGAACCCCGAUGUGGACACGAGCUUCUUGCCUGACCGAGACCGGGAGGAGGAGGAGAACCGGCUGCGGGAGGAGCUGCGGCAGGAGUGGGAAGCCAAGCAGGAGAAGAUCAAGAGUGAGGAGAUUGAGAUCACCUUCAGCUACUGGGACGGCUCCGGGCACCGGCGGACAGUCAAGAUGAAAAAGGGCAACACCAUGCAGCAGUUCCUGCAGAAGGCGCUGGAGAUCCUGCGGAAGGACUUCAGUGAGCUCAGGUCAGCGGGGGUGGAGCAGCUCAUGUACAUCAAGGAGGACUUAAUCAUCCCCCAUCAUCACAGUUUCUACGACUUCAUUGUCACCAAGGCACGUGGGAAGAGCGGGCCACUCUUUAACUUUGACGUUCACGAUGAUGUGCGGCUGCUGAGCGAUGCCACCGUGGAGAAGGAUGAGUCGCAUGCCGGCAAGGUGGUGCUGCGCAGCUGGUACGAGAAGAACAAGCACAUAUUCCCGGCCAGCCGAUGGGAGCCCUACGACCCGGAGAAGAAGUGGGACAAGUACACGCCUGGAGGUGUCCAGCAGAGGCCAUGUUCUCCCGGGCUCACCCCACAGGGUGAAGGGCAGCAGCGAGGUGACCAUUCCCAGCACAUCCCAGCAGGGAGCUCUCCUGCUCCCCAUCCCUCCUCUCUGUGUAGGGAAAAGCUCAUGUGGAUCAGCGUCCUGUUUCUGGAACCCCCUCUCCUUCCCUCCCCGCCAUCUCUCUCUGUGGCACUGAGGAGCCCAUGGCCUUCACACUGACCUGUACUCCAGGCCUUUCUACUUUUUAUUUGGAGACAAGGUCUCACUGAGUCACUAAGUUGUCCAGGCUGAUCAAAUCUGCGAUCCACACCCGUCUUCUUGCCUAUAAAUGUGGCCCAUUUGUGCUUUGCUCUACACCUGGCCACCAAGUGCCAUUUGCUGAUCUGCCAGCCACCCCGCACAUUGGGUUCGCUCCUGGCUCACUCCACUCCACAAGCCUCCCCCGGGGCAUGUCCCAAGCCCCAGGAGGGAGACAGAUGCUGAGCUGAGAUGAGAGACACAUUUUCACAGUGCAUUUUAUUUUUAAUUUUAGUGUAUAUUUAAAAUUUUUUCAACCAAGAAAAAAUUUACAUAAUAUAAAAUUAGCCCUGAAGCAUUUGCGUUGCACAGUUCUGUGGGAUUUCAGCCGCCCUCCUCUGGACUGCAGCCACCCAGGACCCCUACCAGCCCCUCGGCUUCAGGCUCCACCACUCUGGAGUAAACAGAAUCACACAAGGUGUGGGCCUUGUGUGUAGCUCAUUCCACUCUGCAUGUUUUUGUUGUUGUUGUUGCUGUUGUUGUACCGGAAAUCGAACUCAGGGCUUCACGCUUGCCAGGCAGGUACUAUGCUGCUGAGCUACAUGGCCAGCCCACUCUGCACAUUUUUGAGGGUAGCCCAUGCUGUAGCUGGGAUCAGAAUUUUUUCAUUUCUCUUCUCUUUUCUCUUUUUUUUUUCCUUUGGGUACUGGGCAUUGAAGCUAGGUCUUAGCACUGAGCUGUAUCCCAGCCUUUUUAAAAAUUUUGAAACAGGGUCUCACUAAGUCGGUAAAUGGCCCAGGCUUGGCUAGAACUUGUGACCCUUGUGCCUCAGCCUCCCACAGUGCUGGGACAUGGUCCUGUGUGCAGAGAACCCUAAGCCGCCUCUUUCAUUUAUUUUUUUUCAUUAAGUUUAUCAGGACGUGUUAGGUACACAAUAAGUUACACUCAUCAAUGGGAUCUUGUACCUGUAUGUGAUGUAUCUCGGUUCUUAUUUUUUCCUCCUUCCCGCCCUCCCUUCAACCCCUCCACUCCUCCCUGUG